AUGUGCAUAAAGAAUAAUGCAGACAGUCAAUUUAUGGGUUUUAAUGUGAUGUUUGAAGGGAUGUUGUUUGGGAGCAGAAUUGGAAAAAGACAGCCAAUAGAAGCUCAUUUUAUACCUGAAAAAGCUUUUGAAGAAGCCUCUAAGUUAUCUAUUGAGAUGCAAUUUGAAAAUUGA